AUCUCUCCAACACCUCUCUCUGGGCAUCCGUCAGACCACCGCCGGAGCCUACUCCCUGCUCCUCUUCUGCACCUCCGGGCGGCUGGCUGCUCACGGCAGCUGCAACGUCGGCACUGUCAGCCAUUGCGACCUCGGUGACUAGCGAGCCGAGAGAGAGAAAUAAAAGACACCGGAAGCAGUACGUAUCACUUAUAAUGGCUUGACAGACGUUCACACGAGCACAUCAGCUGUACAGGAGAGAGACAGACGAGGAAUACCGACCCGACUUACGGGACAGGGGACGACAACAGCGACGACACAACACGUCCCGGCGACCGACCGACGUGUAACCACCCCGUGUCGCCUUGUCUUCACGCAGAAGAACCAACCCGUGUGAGACGAAUUGGAGGGAGAAACAGUCAAAGAGAGAGAGAACUUUUCCUCCCCUGAUACAAGGGGGAGUUCGGUCACAGAGAUCAUUGUUCGGCAGAAGCAUCUCAAGGGACAAACAGCCAUUGAAAAGUCCGUAAUGGCUGAGCUGUCAUCAGCGCAGGUGACUGAGUGCACCUGAACAUCACUGCCCCUGCACACCCUCACUCAGAGUCACCAUCAGCCUCUGAGCGUUUACUGCGCAGUACAAAAUAAAAAGCAAAUCAAAAAAUAACUGUUACCUCAGCAAUGCCUGACUGACUCCUGCACAUACUUUUGUCCGGAUUAUUUUUUUUAACUUUCGCCAGCUGACCUGGGAGAGAAGUUUUUGUGGCUCUGGGACGGUCUGAGCGGAGCUGCUUCGGGCUCGAGCAGCCACGUGCAGGAAUGCAGAUUCUCAUAUGGAAGCAGACCGUACAGCGUUGUCGUUGAGAGCUGAGCCUGUCCAGGCCCUGGAGGCGGCCAUGGUGGAUCUCUUCGUCAGAGUGCUGGUGUUGACCUGUCUUCAUCCGUCGCCUCACAGCACCAUGCUGCCGACCUAAAGUCCUCGCUCCCUCUCUCUCUCUCUCUCUCUCUCUCUCUCUCUCUCGUCCUGCAUUCCUUCUCUUCCGCUGCCUGGUCGGGAGAAAGUUAAACACGAUCUUUGGUGUUCAAGGAAAAUGUCCUAUGCACACCACACGCUGCUCAGCGGGAGCUCACCUCACCUCCCCCUCCUACUGCUGACCUACCUCUGGCUCUCGGCACCGAACACAGGUGUGGCAGCAGAUAUCUGCCGGGUGAGCGGUGGGGUGCUGGGGAUCCACUGGAGCAGCACCAUCAGCCUGGGUUGGCACCCUCUGGCAGCCGGAACAGGCGGGGCGACGUGUUGGGAGUCCUGCUGCUUAAAGCCGAGCUGCAAUGCCGUGUGGAGCCUUGGCGGGCGCUGCGUGCUCCUCAGCUGCUCCCGCAAGAGGGGCUGCCCCAUCUCGUCCCUGCCGCAGCCCCACCAGGAGUCUCUGGGCCUCCUACAGCUGCUCUCCAAGGGUCCCAUCAUUGCAAGACGUAGAAAGGUUCGUCAUGCACUGCAGACAGCAAUCCAAAGAUCGAGCACGGGACACCAUGAAAGCACGAAACGUCUCAAACCGGAAACAGCCCGUCCAACUCCAACUGUACCCAGCAACAUCGCACUUCCUCAGACAGCCCAGAAGAACCUCAGACGUUUAACCAAUGGGAGUUCUGACGCCGCUUCGGCACCGCCGCAACAAAACUCAACGGCGGGCGACACCGUCGACACUCCUGGGUCUUCCAAUAGCAGUGAUGUCAGCUCACCCACAGCGGCUGAAGCUGCUAUCGUCACACCUCCAACACAGGCCGCAGUGAGGGAACUGGUGGUGUCAGCAGGAAAGAGUGUGGAGGUCACACUGCCCCGCAACGAGGUUGAACUCAACGCCUAUGUGGUACCAACACCCCCAAACGGGACAAACUAUGCAUUUGACUGGAGUCUGAUAACACAUCCCAAAGAUUACAGUGGCGAGAUGGAAGGAAAGCACAGCGAGACACUUAAACUGAGCAGGCUGACUGUGGGUCUGUACGAGUUUGAGGUGACGGCGAACGGGGACGGGGCUCAGGGAGAAGGUUACGUCAAUGUCACGGUCAAACCAGAGCCGCGGGUAAACAAGCCUCCAGUUGCCAUAGUUUCCCCAAAGUUCCAGGAGAUUUCCUUGCCGACCAGCUCCACGGUGAUAGACGGCAGCCAGAGCACCGAUGAUGACAAGGUGGUGGCAUGGCUCUGGGAAGAGGUCAAAGGUCCCCUGAGGGAGGAGAAGGUCUCUGCCGACACCGCCGUCCUCACCCUAACCAAGCUGGUGCCGGGGAACUACACAUUCAGUUUGACAGUGACCGACUCAGAUGGAGCCACAAACUCGACACAGGCCACCCUCUCCGUCAACAAAGCCAAGGACUACCAGCCUGUGGCCAAUGCCGGCCCUAACCAGGUCAUCCAGUUGCCACGCAACUCCAUCACUCUGUACGGCAACCAAAGCGCAGACGACCACGAUUCCCUGUCUUACGAGUGGUCCCUCAGCCCAGCGAGCAAAGACAAAGUUGUGGAGAUGCAGGGUGUCCGCACACCGAUCCUGCAGCUGUCGGCUAUGCAGGAGGGAGACUACACCUUUCAGCUUACUGUGACGGACUCAGCCGGACAGCAGGACACCGCUCAGGUCACGGUCAUUGUGCAGCCAGAAAACAAUAAGCCACCUGUAGCAGACGCAGGACCAGAGAAGGAGCUGACGCUGCCUGUUGACCGAACCACGCUGGACGGGAGUAAAAGCAGCGACGAUCAGAAGAUCGCCACCUACCACUGGAAACAGACCAGUGGUCCUGCUGACUUGAAGAUUGAGAAUGCAGACGGUGCUGUUGCCACGGUGACGGGCCUCCAGGUCGGUAGGUACGAGUUCACCCUGACAGUGACGGACGACAGGAAGCUGCAGAGUACCGACACUGUCACGGUCAUCGUCAGAGAAGAGCUGGACCAGCCACCGGUGGCUCACGUUGUGUCGAGUCCGCCCGUCUCCCUGCCCGUCAGGACCGCCACGCUGGAUGGGUCUCACUCAACCGACGACAAAGGCGGAGUCACCUACCAGUGGACCAGAGAUGACAGCAGCCCUGCCGCAGGGGACGUGCUGAACAACUCUGACCACCAGGCAGUGCUGUUUCUGGGAAACCUGGUGGAGGGGAAGUACAUCUUCAGCCUGACUAUAACCGACAGUAAAGGACAGUGCAGCAUUGACAGGGGCACAGUGGAGGUCAAACCAGACAUGUGGGAGCGUGACCUGGUGGAGCUGGUGCUGGAGGUCUCCGUAUCGCAGGUCUCGCACCGCCAGCGUGACAUGCUGCUGCGCCAGGUUGGGGUUUUGCUAGGCGUGCUCGACAGCGACAUCACUGUGCGAGAGAUCAGUGCAUUUAAUGAGCACAGUACUCGUUUGGUUUUCCUGGUGUCGAGUGGUCCAGGGCGCCCUCCUCUGUCCGGUCACAGUGUGGCAUUGGACCUACGCAACAAACUGCGCAAACAGAAAAAUGACUUUCUCAUCUACAAGGCCCGACGAGUGGACACAGUCAUCUGUCAGCUGAACUGCUCCGGCCACGGCGAGUGUGACUCGUUCACGCGACGAUGCGUCUGUCACCCUUUCUGGAUGGAGAACUUCAUCAGAGCUCAGCUUGGAGAUGCAGAGAGCAACUGUGAGUGGAGCGUUCUUUAUGUGACUAUAGCAUCUUUUAUGAUUGUGGUUGCUAUAGCAACAGUUUUCUGGGGGAUGGUGUGCUGCUGCAAAAGGCGAAAGAGCAAAGUGCGUAGGAGCAAAAGCCGAUAUAAGAUGCUUGAAGCUGACGAGCAGGACAGUCUGGAGCUUCAGCCGCAGAGAGCUGCCCGCAUGAAGCCGGUACCCGCUCCCACUUCUUCCGCUCUCAUGCACUCGGACUCUGACCUGGACAGUGACGAGGGGCAGGGCGGCAUCCCGUGGACGGAGCAGGAGCGCGGGCACCUCCUGCGGCCCCAGAACGGCUCCCUGAGGAACGGCCAGGGGCCGGCCAGGGGCAAGAAGCAAAGAGAAGAGAUGCUAUAGCAAGAGAGGAGAGGGGAGCUCACUGCUGCCCACACACAGCCCUCCUCUGUUCCUCACUCUUCCUCUUUCUCUUUGGUUCUUCUUCAACACAAAAACCUCACAUGCCUCAUCCAUGAAGAAAAACAGUUUGAAAUCUGGAUUAAAUAAGAGGGAGAGAUGGAAAAACAUGCUGGAAAUGUGUUGUCCCACUGUCACAGAAAAAGAAACACCACUUUACUGGAAUUUCCUUGAUCCCACACUGAGCCAAUAUGGAGGGUGAAAAAUUUCCCAGAGAAUUUGGGAUGAGCACUGUUUUGUAUUGUAUAAAAUAUAACAUAGACCCCUAUUAUUUAACACAGAGACAAAGAGAAUGUACUGUUACCCCUCUUACUGAGGCACAUAGUUAGAAGCCAGCGGGAGAGAAGAGUAGCCUGAGUUACACUUGACUUUCGGGAUUUAAAAAAAACAAAAAAAAAAACUCUGCUUCAAUGACACGAAAACCAGCCACUUGACACGCUCACACUUUGCCUCUUGUAGACGCGCAUGUACUGUACACGAAAGCAUCAUAUUCACACCGUUCCAGGUCGACCUGGUGCUACCAAACACUGCCAUGUUAAAACCUUUGGUUAUUUCUGCUCCGAAGAUUUCUUUCAUGACAUCUGAAGGAGAAAAAACAGCUACCAACAACCAUGGACAACACGAAGAAGAAAGAAAAAUAUGUGCAUGAAGAGUCAGAUUUGCAGUUCUGGUACAAUACGACACUGGAAUGACCGUCUGCAUGUUUGUGCGCUGGUUGUGAUCUUCAGUGCAGUACGUAUGUUUUUAUGGUUGUUAUUAAUCAAUCAAUAGAAGAGUCACUGUACUGUCAGUUAUGGCGGUUUGAGGCAAAAGAUCUUUUUUUAUUUUAAAUAGCCCCAUGCUUUUAUUGUGUAAGGUUCUCUGUGGAUUAAAUCCACGGAAUGCACACACACUGGAACACACAACGUUAAUGAGUUUACUCUCAGCGGGGGGAAGAUAAUGAGGAGAACGACACAACAGAGGGUUUGGUCCCGACACUGCUUCCUCCAUCAUCUCAAUAUCCAGUAAUGUAACGACCUCGUGAACCAUGAAGACCACUUUGUUGUUUUAUGUUGUUUUUUUUAACGCUGUGAUUAGGUUUCCAUGCACUUUGAUUUCAUGUCUCUCAGCUUUAUUCUCAUAUUGUCUGAUAAGUUGUUAAAGGCCGAUCUGUGAUGGUUAAAGUUGGAAGUUCAGCCAUAAAUGCAGGACGUUGCUGCGUCCGUUUCCUUGACUUAGGAAAUCAAAGGAAACUGAUGUUUUUACCAAGCCUGAAUGCAGCUCAUGUCCAGAGGCGUCCUCAGUAAUUGUUACAGUACAUACCUGUUGAGUAGACGGGAUAGCAUUAGCGACUUCUGCAGUUUCUGUGCAACUUCGGAAUCUCAAUUAUCAUCUGUUUGACUCCAAAUAGGAAGAGCACGUUUGUCUGUGCUUUUUCUUUUGGCACACAUUAACUCGGGAAUUGCAUCUGAAUGAGUGACGACGUGACCAAGCCAAAAAACUCAACAUUAAAAACAGGCAUCACUAAUCCUGCCUGUGUAAUAAAAACCGAGUUGUGUCCUCAGAAAGACCUCGAACUGAGCUUAAUCCUGGGAAAAAAACAAUUAUGUCUUCCCUCAAACACGAUAAGAUCAGGAGGUCAAUCUGAGGGGCUGUUUGCUGUAGAUAUGCCAGCAACAGCAUACAGUAGGAAGGCUGUAAUAACACAGAAGAGGAGGAAAAAGCAAAAACGAAUUAAUCUGCUGCAUCAGUAGUAAUCACCUGUGGGUUUUUUUGAGCUGGACUGUGCUGAAUGAAAACAUAACCAAAUGGCUUUUCAUUGUGACACCUUGGCGUGUGAUUGCUUUGCAUGCAGAAUGUGAAACUGAUCCGUUUAUCCACAUUUUGAGGCUCUUUUUGUUUGGUUGUCGAAUGUUGAACGGGUACGCUGUUGAUUCUGUUCAGCUCGUACUACGUGUAAAAUAAGCAAUCGCGUUUCCUACUUUUAAGUCAUUUUUUUUCUUCUCUUUUUCAUUCAGACUUCCUGAAUUUAUCUGUCUAUUUUUGCCAACUUUUGUGAGGCAAACUAAAAUCAAGCAUAACCAUGUGCCAACUCUGUAAAAUGACAUCUUUUUGAACAUUUUAUUUUGGUUUAUUUGAUGCUGGUUCACUCCAAUCUCAUAUUUUGAUGCAAAACUUUUUUCCCAAAAGUUAAAACAAAAAUAUCGUUUAAGGUCUUUUUAUACCAAUUUAACGAUUCAAAAUUAUGUAUUUCUUCUGUUACAUGUGCGACAUUUUCCCCUGUCACAUUUGGAAUUUAUAGAAGUGAAUUGACCUUGACUCUGACGGAGUCCACUGUGAAGGCAGACAGAUUUUAGAUUUUAAGAUGUUAAACAGGAAAAAAACGCUUUUAGUGAAGGAUUAGACCUUUUUUUGUUUGUUUCUUUGUGUGACCACACCUGAUGCAACUGGAUCACCUGUAAAUUGAAAUAAAAUGUUCCAGUUUGUUCUUGA